GACGGCGAGUGGAGGCAGGCGAAGGUGCUCGACGCCAACCCGCAAGGCACCUACGACACCGACCACGAGCUGGACGUGCCCGCGGACCGCCUCCGCAAGACGGCCGCCUUCGGCGGCGGCGGCGAGCCCCCGCGGGACGAGUGUGCUGGCCCGGCGAGGCCCCCCGGCCCGGCGCAGCCCGCGGCCUCGAGCCCGUCGCGCGAGCGCCUGGCAGAGGACCCGCGCUCCCCGCGCGCCAGGCCGCCCCUGGAAGCGCAGCGG